GCUAAUUGUCCACAGGAAAAAAAGCAAUAAAAAAAUGACUUGCGCCACAGCAUUCGCCCACCUACACUCGAUAUUUAAUAUUUAAUAUAUACACAUGGCGCUUGUUGAUUCUGUAGAUCUUGUGCGCGUGUCUUCGGUAAACGCACUUUUUACCCAGGCCGAGUGCCAGAGCAUAUACCAGCAGAACCCAGCCCUGCUUGAAAUCCGCGACUUUGUUGUUAAAUACGCUCCGAACGCGCACUCGUCCAUCGCAGCAUCGCAACCGUCUAUCCCGAUCACCUCACUGCGCGACAUCGUCACAUCUCUGCUAGAAGAAAAACGCCACGAGGACGGCGUCCGCUUCCUAACAGCCGUAGGCUCAGCCUCAUUAGUGCAAGACGCACGCGUAGUCAGCAACCUUCUGAACAUAUUUAAGCCAACCCACAUUCUCGAGAAGGACCUAAAACAGCGCAGCAGUUUUCUUCUCGAAACCCUAAAGCGGAAUGCUGAAGACCACAGUGAACUCUGGCAGAUCAGCAACAAACGGCUACAGGCCAUUAUACAGUCGCAGCAAAGCGUAUUGGCAUACCUGAGGUCUGUCGAGACGCAGUUUCUCCGGCCUUGGUUUAAAGACAAGUACGCGAUAUCGCCAGGAAAAUUCUGGGACCUCAUGGACGAGCUGACCGGGUUGCCGCAGGAGGGGUCUGAUGAGGAGACGAAUUUGCUGGAGCUGGAGAUGUAUCAGCACCGCGUUAUGCUGGCAUGUAUUCUGCUCGAGCAGAUGCGUGCGGAUAUGGCGGCGAAUGUCGGUGACAUUUGGGAAUCCAUGUUCCUCAAGAUCGUAUCCGAGGGAUUCGUGUCCUCAGGCCGCAUAUCGCAUCCGAAAAAGCUGCUGGCCACCUUGUUUGCGCGCUUCAAAGGGAUUUCUCGCGACCGGUGUCCGCACGAGGAGAGCAAGAUUGUCGCGUUGCUGCUCGAUAUGCUGGCGGUAGCGAGCUGCUGCGGCGCUAUAUCCAGGGACAGCUGCGUACAGGCCAUAGCAAAGGACCUGGUGGUACGUGGAUUCAUUGACCUUGUGGGCUCCGACAUUCUGGCCAUUGAGAUUAUCAGUUAUACAUUAGUCUCAUGGUUCCGACUCGAGAUGGUGCCGGCAGCAGCAGGCGAGAGCAAAAGCAAGCGCGGCCGGGAGCGUGCACUGUUGCUGCCCGCAGGGGCAAAACCAGAAUUGGCCGCGUACUGGUACGAUCUGAUCUGCGUCUUGUCCAGGCUGGUGCAGAGGACGGUCAGUGCGUUUGAAAGGCGCCUUUGCUUUGCCAACAGCGAAUCUACUCAUUCGGCAUCGGCGCAUCUUCUGGUGCUUAUGGUGACUGCGAAGCAUCCAGAGGCGUUUGCCGUGCUGACUGAUGCGUACAGUAAGCUGAUGGACUAUCUGGAGGUUGCGUUGCCUCAGCCUAACGCCAUAGACGUCGACACGCUCUCGCUUUCUUCGCUGGAUUCAGACAAUAAUGGAAAUGGCUGCGAGCGGGACGAUGAUGACGAGGAGGCUGAAAUGCUCGUAAGCGUGUAUGAAGAGCUGGAUAUCCUUGGAAAGUAUCUGCGCGAUGAAUGAAAUUAAAAUGUAAUGUUUUUUAUACAGGCAGGUGAUUUGUCAUCAGUAUUUGACCUCAUUUUUUUUUGAUCCAAGUGAAAAAUUUACACUGUAACAAAUCCACAGCCUGUGGGAUUAUUUGAAUUUUUUUUAGAUAUUUGGUCUCAUUCUUUUCUUCAGU